AUGGCCUGGCAACAGCCCAACCUAGGCGGAGGUGGGCCAGUCGGCGGAGGUGACAACAAUGGACCGCCCGCUACAGAAUACACCCUGCAAGGGGUCAUGCGCUUUCUUCAAUUGGAAUGGCACAACCAUGAGCGAGCACGAAACGCAUGGGACAUUGAACGAGCUGAAAUGAAGGCUAAAAUAGCGAAACAAGAAGGCGAUGUACGAAGCGCAAAGAAACUCAACGAUCAGCUUGACAAGCAGAUUCGCAUGCUGGAGAUGGCUCUCAAAAAUGAGCGUGCAAAGAACAAGGCUGCUAAAACAGACGACAAGGUGUCCGCGCAAAACAAGCAGCACAAUUCUUUCCUCGACGUAGACAUUGAAGGUAAAGAUGGGGGCGAAAGGUUCCGAGACGGCCAGCGCGAUAAAUCGAAAGCGUAUAUGACGAAAUGCGUCGAAGAGAUCACUUACUUGCUUACACCGCCGAUGCAUGCACCAAUGCCUCCUUCAAAUGCACAAUCGCUCGGCAACUCCGUCCACAUGAUGAAUUCACAAGAGCCCUUACAGAUGGAAGAGAUGUACCUACAACGCCAGAGAGCACAGCAUCAGACAGGUUUCAACCAGUCGCAUCCUUCCUCUGUCCCCAAUCAUCAAUCCCAGCCCAUUCCAUCCAUGUCUGAUAUACCGAAUCUACCGUACGGCAAUCAGCAAGCACCUCACAUGACCAGAGAGCCAUCUGGUCAACAAAUUCUAUCACAAUCCAUGGGAUAUCCAUCUACAAGCAUGAGUUCUGGACCUGCUGAACCUGACUCGCCCCAGGCAUUUGUUUCCAUCCACGAGGAGCCGGCCGAAAGAAUUACGCACUCUUUCGACGCAGCUGGGAAGCCAGUUGCAGCACAGGAAGAUGAAAUAUCUGGUACUAGACACAUCGUCACCGACGAAUCAGAUUGGAACUUUGACGAGUCGUCCCAAAAUUUCGAAGCUUCGGCCGAUGGUCAGGCGACGCGUAGGCCUGAUACUGAUGUCUUUCCAAGCGCAAGCACAAUUCCAGCAAAAUCACCGCCUCGUAUAGCCUCAAAUUCGCAUCGGAGGCGGAGUUCUGGACCCACUGCAAUGAGUCGACAUCGAAGUGAAGGGAAUGAGGUGCGCGACUUGUCUGGAAUGGGCAGCCGAUCCGAUCAUCAAAACUUCACAGUUCGGUUUGCUCUGCGUGGCCAUCUUGAUGUUGUUCGAUCUGUCAUAUUCACGGGUGGUGGUAGUCCGUCUGAGCCAGAGAUUUGCACAGCGGGUGACGAUGGUAUGAUUAAGAGAUGGAUAAUACCUGCUAGCUAUGCUUCGCAGCAUAGCGUUAACAAUGACUUGGAUAUACAAAGCUAUUUUACACAUCGUGGGCACGAGGGCAUCGUUACAUCUUUGGCGGCAUGUCCCGCCGCGGCGAAUUUUGCUACGGGUGGACGGGCAUCAGGGGAUGGGUGGAUAUUCUCCGGUGGCCAGGACUCAUCCGUGCGGGUAUGGGAACGUGGGCGUGUGGACCCGAAAGCAACUUUAGAGGGGCACACUGAUGCAGUCUGGUCGGUCUGCGUAUUGCCUACAACAUGCGCUGCAGUGUUCGGGCCAGAGUGCAACAAUUACGGCGGCCCUGACAGGAUCCUUCUGGCAUCUGGAUCAGCUGACGGGACGAUCAAAAUCUGGGCAGUGAGCGCGCCACCCCAGGCCGUGUCGCCCUCUACAGGAUCUCGUAGGGGCGUGGGUGGGAGCAGAAGAGUAUCGGUCACUUCUGGCUCGAACUACCCGUCGUCGCCGCAACCUAGUGUGGCCACUUUGACGCCGUUCAACCACAUGCUUGUUCAUAACAUAGUCCGACCUACUGCGCCAUCACCAACAUGUAUCUCGCCACUAUCACCUACAGGCGAUAACUUCGUUGUGUCAUAUACUGAUUCAGCAGUAUUGGUCUUUGACACAAGGACUGGGGAUGAAAUCAUCGGUAUGGCUAGUGCAGAGACGUACGAUGGUAACCCGAGGACAGGUAUCAACACGGUCGUGGCUUCAUCGUUAAGUCUUGACGGUUCCGGGUCCGAUAACGGCAGGAUACCUGAAGAUGAGAGCGUCAUUCAUGGCGCAACCGGCUCGAUGAGCGAGGGAAGUGUUGAGGGUGUCGUGAUUAGCGGGCACGAAGAUCAGUAUAUCCGUUUCUUCGAUGCCAACAGUGGACAAUGCACGUACAGCAUGCUCGCCCACCCUUCUGCGAUCUCUUCGCUAUCGCUGAGCAAAGAUGGCCGAGAAGCCGUCUCGGCUGGACAUGACGCCUCGAUUCGGUUCUGGUCGCUUGAAAAGCGGAUAUGCACUCAGGAACUGACUAGCCAUCGCAUCAUGAGGGGUGAAGGAGUCUGCAGUGUCGUUUGGAGUCAAGAUGGCAGACUCGUAGUGUCGGCAGGGGGUGACGGAGUUGUCAAAGUUUUUGCUCGGUAA